UAACUUGUUUGUUUGGCUUUCCACAACUCUCUUCUUAUUACCUUUCACACCAGGUUCUGUCCUUUUAGCGAUGGGUCCAUUUGGUUUUGCAGUAUUUUUCAUUGUAAUUGAAUUUUGGCAGGCGGUGAACGGAAGCAGAUGCAAUGUUUACAAAGGGAAAUGGGCGUAUGAUGCUUCAUACCCUCUUUACAAUUUCACUGAUUGCCCCUUCAUACUUGAACAGUUCAACUGCCAACACAAUGGUCGACCCGAUCAUCUCUAUCAAAAAUUUAGAUGGCAACCCACUGCAUGCAUUUUGCCAAGGUUCAAUGGCAGAGACUUUUUACAAAGAUUUAGAGGGAAACGAAUUAUGUUUGUAGGUGACUCACUGAGUUCAAAUCAAUGGCUCUCACUCGUAUGUUUGCUUCAUAAAUCUACACCUCAUGCCAAAUACACCUCUCAAAGGAUUGGGGGCCUCUCCACAUUCAGCUUCCCGGCAUAUAGAGUUUCAAUUAUGUUGUCGCGCAAUGCGUUUCUUGUUGAUAUUGUUAAUGGAAAACACGGGCGAGUCCUAAAACUCAACUCAAUUGGGGGUGGACCACUAUGGAAAGGAGUUGAUGUAUUGAUCUUUGACACUUGGCAUUGGUGGCUCCACACCGGUCGAAAACAACCAUGGGAUUAUGUCCAAGACAAUAAUGUAACUCACAAAGACAUGAAUCGCAAGGUUGCAUAUGAGAAAGCAUUGAGGACAUGGGCGAGAUGGGUGAACUUGAAUGUGGAUCCUGCUAAAACCAAGGUGUUUUUCCAAGGCGUCUCCCCCGAUCAUAUGAAUUCCAAGGAUUGGGUAGAUAGAACAGCGAAUACAUGCGUAGGGGAAAUACGCCCAUUGUUAAGCGGGGAGUAUCUGGCAGGUCCACAUCCAGCUCAAGUUAUUUUAAACAAAGUGUUGCGAAGUGUGUCAAAGCCAGUUCAUCUACUUGACAUAACUGGCUUGUCCCAACUAAGAAAGGAUGGUCACCCUUCAGUCUUUGGCUAUAGAGGCCGCCACGGCAUCGAUUGUACACAUUGGUGUCUCCCAGGAGUUCCUGAUACAUGGAAUGAAUUACUCUUUGCAGCUCUCAUCCAAACUUAAGGAGCUUAUUGUUCUAAUCCAAUAAAUAUAAAACAUAAAUAGAGUGGACAUUUAUUGGUAUUGCUAUGCUGUUCAGUAAAAACUAAUUAUAUGGACUUUGUUGUAUUGCAAAGUAUAAUCCAAUGAGAAUCUGUAGACCUUCUAAAUUUCAC